AUGGCCAACAAAGACAUGAACUCCACCCCAUUCGCCAUAUCGUCCAUCGAAAGACAAAUUGAAGUCACACCAGCGAGAGAUGUCGGCCCAUCUGUGUUCGCGAACAAAUAUCCUCUUUGGCGCCCCAAAGGUACACGAGGGAUCUUCGGCGGUAUCACCAUUGCACAAAGUCUCAGCGCAGCUCAAGAAACCGUUCAAAGAGAGUUCGAUGCUCACUCGAUGCAUUGUACAUUUGUCUUUGCAGGCACUGCGUUUGCAACUAUCCAUUACCAUGUUGAGAUAGUGCGAGAUGGGCGGACAUUCUGCACGCGAACUGUCAGGGCAAUCCAAGACAAUCGCACAAUAUUCCUCGCGACAAUUAGCUUUGCUCGUCCAUCACCAGAGUCAAUCAUAAAUAUCCGGCACGCAGAGCACAAUCCUGUGACUGUGCCAGUACCGCAGGAUACUGGUUUUGAGCCCAAUAGCAACGAAGAAACAUUGGAACUCCCAUACAUAAAUCAGAGCGUCGGCAUGCUGAAUUCCAAUUCCCCCGAUCCAUGUGAUAAACGCAUGCAUCAAUGGAUCAAAACGCGUGGGAAGAUUUCACCCCAAGGUGGCUCCCGAGCGCAUCUAGCAGCAUUGGCAUUCAUGUCAGAUAGUUACUUCCUCGCCGGACUCCCGCAUGCUCAUAAUAUAUGGAGCUUUGUCAAUCCUCCGAUUACUGAGUCCUACGACUCCGAGGAACAGCUUGAAAUGCCAACUCCUGUUCAUACCAAGAUACCCAGGCCGCAUCUACAAGGGGGCGGUGGGAGUGCGCCAAACCAGUUCCAUAGGGUUGGAAUGAUGGUCAGCCUGGAUCAUACCAUUUACUUCCAUCAGGCUAAGCAACUCAAAGCCGACGAAUGGCUUUUGACCGAAGUAAAGACUGAUUGGGCUGACAAUGGCCGUGGCGUGGUGUUGCAAAAAGUAUGGGCUCAAGAUGGCACGCUACUUGCGAGCUGUAUUCAAGAGGGUGUUCUGCGACUCGAGAAGCGUCCGAAUGGGGUUCAGAUUUCUAAGUUGAAUUGUCGACUCUGA